AUGUAUUUUGUCAAAGUGUCCUGGGGCUGGACCUUGCUGCUCUUCACAUCAUACAAGAGCUUGACCUUUGCCCUCCGGCGACUGAGCUCAUUGGUGGUGGCCACAGCCAUUUGGUACACCUUCACCGAGGCUUUUUCCUACAUCGAAGGUGCCACAGGUACACGUCACGUUCCUGAAUCUGAAGCCAUGGAUCAAGUUCCUCAUCAUGAUGAAAUCACCUCAAAGUGGAGAUACAUGAAGGCUGGGGGUCAAUGGGACGGCUAUGCCAUCUCAGGACACUCGUUCAUUCCGUCGUACUCUGCACUCAUCAUUGCCGAAGAAAUGGAACCUAUGGUGAACAUGAUGAAGAAGGACAGGAAUACUGUUUUGGAUUUGUUAUAUGUUUCCCUUAAUUGGAUAGUAAUCAUCUGGAUAUGGAUGUUUGUGUGUACCUCUGUGCACUUUCAUGAUUUCUCUGAGAAGUUUCUCAGGACAGUUUUGGGAAUUCUGCUAUGGUUUGUCACAUAUCGGAUAUGGUAUCCAAUGCCCUUAUCUCCUGGUCUCCACUUCAGCCAAAAAGCAGAGACAACUAGCUUAAAACCAGCACUACUUAGCACUAGGCUAGACCUCCUACUCUCUCGUACUGCAUUGGCUCUGUAA